AUGAAUAAAUAAUUCAUCAUAUUUGCAUUGUUGCUUGCCUUAGCAACAUGUCAAACUUACAGUAUAACAUCAUGCACAUGUGUCUAGUUGUUAUCAGAAGCAGAUUGUUUAAAAAAUACCACACUUGGAUGUUCUUGGGAUAGUACAAAGAAAACAUGUGCUGUUUCUACUACUCCUGUCACUCCAAUAGUGACGUUUGCAGCAUAUUGCGAUUCUUUUGCAGAAGCAGAUUGCCCUAAAGCUAAACCUUGUACAGAUUGUGGUAACUAUGCUGCCUGUGCCUGGGUUGACAGCAAAUGCACACAUUUCACAGGAUGCACAGCCUUUGCAAAAACAACUGAUCCUGAAUGUUAAGCAAUUAGUAAUAGAUGUAUUACAGAUGGAACUCAUUGUGUUGAAGUUGAUGCUUGUAGUACCUACAAGAAAUCACUUCCUUGUUUGAAAAAUGCAUCAGGAAGAUUGUGUUUUUGGGAUACAACAAAUAAUACUUGUGUAGAUGCUAAUAAUUGCGAUAGAUUACCAAUUACAUUUGUUACAGAUAAAGAAUGCAGAGAUGAAAUAUCAACUUGUACUACAAAGACUGGAGGUGGAUGUGUUGAUAGUGGAAAUAAUUGUAGUGAUUAAACAUUAGAAAUUCAAUGUGUUUGGAAUAAAUUAAGAUCAAUGGCAUGUUAUUGGGAUGGAGCAGCAUGUAAAGAUAGAAUUUGUGAUAAUGCACCAACAACAUUAACAACUGAUGAAACAUGUAAAACCUUUAGAACUGAUGGAACAUGUACAACUAAACCUAAUGGAGGAUGUAUUACUAGAACUACUUGUGCAGCUGCAACUAUCUCAGCUGCUUGUAUUAAGAAUAGUUCAGGUGGUGAUUGUUAUUGGACUGGAACUGCUUGUGUUGAUAAGAUUUGUACAAAUGCACCAACUACUAUGACAACUAAUUCUGCUUGUGCUGGAUUUGUAACAGGAUGUAUUACUAAAUCAGGUGGAGGUUGUGUAUCCAAUGGAGCUUGUUCAGCUGCAAAUGUCUUAGCAGCUUGUGUUAAAAACUCUUCAGGAACUGAUUGUAUUUGGGAUACAACAUGCAAAGAAAAGACUUGUGCUAAUGCACCAACAACUAAUAAUACUCAUGAAUUGUGUACAUCAUACUUAUCUACAUGUACUGUUAGAACAGGAGGUGGAUGUUAACCUAGAACUUGUGCUAAUGCUCCAACAACAUUAACAACUAAUGAUGCAUGUGAAGCAUAUUUACCAAAUAAUAACUGUAUAACAAAGACUGGAGGUGGAUGUGUAACAAAUACUACAUGCGCUGCAAUCACUUUUAUUAAUGCUUGCAUCAAGAAUUCCUCUGGAGCUACUUGUUUCUGGGAUCCAGAUGGUUCAGGCUGCAAAGAUAAGAUUUGUACAAAUGCACCAUCAACUAAUAAUACACAUGAUUCAUGUGUAUAAUUUUUAUCAACUUGUACCGUAAAUUCAACAAAUAAUGGUUGUGUAGAGAAAACCUGUGAAAAUUCGUUGGCAUAAACUAUUUGUGAUAAAGAUUUGAAUAACAAAGCCUGCAUUUGGAAAGGAAAAUGUUACAAAAAAGAAUGUGUAUUAGCUUCAUCAACCACAGCAACUCACACAGAUUGUUAAACUUAUGAUUCUAGUUGUACAUUAAGUAAUACUGGUACUGGAUGUGUCCCUAUACCUCUUAGAUGUGAAGCCAUUACAAUUGAAUCUGCAUGUGUUUUUAGAUUAUAAGUCACAAAUGGUGUUAGAUCAUACCUAGAAUGUGGUUGGAAUGGUUCAUAGUGUAUUGAUAAAGCUUGUUCUACUGCUCCUAGAACAUCAUCAACAACAACUGAAUGCAACAUUUACAAAUCAGGUUGUGUUGCCAAUAAUCCAGUUAAUGGAACAAUUUCAGGAUGCUAAGAUUUACCUACAACUUGUGCUGCUAGAAGAUCAAUUGAAAAUUGUGAAAGACCUGGAUCGCCAACAUGUUUAUGGAAUACUGCUACAUCUGCAUGUGUUGAAAAAUCUUGUUCCACUGCAAGUAUUACAACAACUUCAGGAUUCUUGACAAAUUUUUCUAAUUGUUCUACUUAUUUAACUGGUUGUAUCACCAAUAAUACAGGAGACGGUUGCAUUCCAAAGCCAUCUAGUUGUAAUUCUUUGGUUUCAACCAAUUGUGGAGUUGGUUCUAAAGCAAACGGAGAUUGUUAUUUCAAUACUAAUACAAAUGCAUGUGUUGAUAGAACAUGCACAAAUAUCCAAUCAACUACCCACUCUGGUUGUUAAGUAUUGAAUACAUGCACAGUGAAUAAUGCUGGAACAGGAUGUUAAACAUUAGCUACUGCUUGUACUUCGUAUGGAUCAGCUGAAAAUUGUAAAAUAACUUCCAGUCGAAAAAAUUGCAUAUGGACUGGAACAGCUUGUAGAAAUGCAACUUGUGCUGAUACAUUAGAUAGUGUUGAUUUUGACGAUGAUUCAGAGUGUUAAGGUUAUCAUGCACCUACUGAAACCUGCACUGUUUUAUACAAAACUGGGAGAAUUGGCUGUGUGGCAAAAUCAGCUAAUUGUAGUGAUUAUGUGUCAUCAACUUAAUGUUAUAGAACUUAAAACUCCAAUACUGAUGAUUGUACUUGGAAUUCAACUUAUAGCAAGUGCUUCUCUAAUACAUAACUUCAAGGUGCAUGCUCAACCUUUACAGGCACACAAGUUUAAUGUUAAUCUAUUAGAGAAGGUUGUACCAACUCAGCAAGUGCUACAGAAUCAGAUGCUUGCACAUUUUCUUGUGCUGUAAUAACUGCAGCGUCUGGGCUUGAUCAUGCAGCUUGUUAAUUAAAGAAUACUACUUGCACUGGUAAUUCUGACGGAACAGCCUGUGUUACAUUAUAAACAACUUGUGGUGGUUAUACAACUGAUCCUACUUGUACUACUACAACUGGUGGUACUAAAUGCUUUUGGGAUGCUACUGCUAAUAGUAAUGCUGGUGCUUGUAUAGCAAUUGCAGCAGCAGCCAAUUGCGCCACUGUUACAGGAUUAUCAAGUGCAACUCAUUCAACCUGUUAAGCAUAUAACACUGCUUGUACUGUUAAUGAUGGUGGAACUGCAUGUUAAUAAUUUUAAGCAACUUGUGGUGGUUAUGGUAGCUAACUUAAUUGUAAUACUACAACUGAUGGUACUAAAUGCUUUUGGGAUGCUACUGCUAAUAGUAAUGCUGGUGCUUGUAUAGCAAUUGCAGCAGCAGCCAAUUGCGCCACUGUUACAGGAUUAUCAAGUGCAACUCAUUCAACCUGUUAAGCAUAUAACACUGCUUGCACUGUUAAUGUUGCUGGAAAUGCAUGUUAAGAAUAAAAAACAACUUGCGGUGGUUAUACAACUGCUCCUACUUGUAUUACUAUAACUGAUGGUACUAAAUGCUUUUGGGAUGCUACUGCUAAUAGUAAUGCUGGUGCUUGUAUAGCAAUUGCAGCAGCAGCCAAUUGCGCCACUGUUACAGGAUUAUCAAGUGCAACUCAUUCAACCUGUUAAGCAUAUAACACUGCUUGCACUGUUAAUGUUGCUGGAAAUGCAUGUUAAGAAUAAAAAACAACUUGCGGUGGUUAUACAACUGCUCCUACUUGUACUACUACAACUGAUGGUACUAAAUGCUUUUGGGAUGCUACUGCUAAUAGUAAUGCUGGUGCUUGUAUAGCAAUUGCAGCAGCAGCCAAUUGCGCCACUGUUACAGGAUUAUCAAGUGCAACUCAUUCAACCUGUUAAGCAUAUAACACUGCUUGCACUGUUAAUGUUGCUGGAAAUGCAUGUUAAGAAUAAAAAACAACUUGCGGUGGUUAUACAACUUCUCCUACUUGUUCUACUACAACUGGUGGUACUAAAUGCUUUUGGGAUGCUACUGCUAAUAGUAAUGCUGGUGCUUGUAUAGCAAUUGCAGCAGCAGCCAAUUGCGCCACUGUUACAGGAUUAUCAAGUGCAACUCAUUCAACCUGUUAAGCAUAUAACACUGCUUGCACUGUUAAUGUUGCUGGAAAUGCAUGUUAAGAAUAAAAAACAACUUGCGGUGGUUAUACAACUUCUCCUACUUGUUCUACUACAACUGGUGGUACUAAAUGCUUUUGGGAUGCUACUGCUAAUAGUAAUGCUGGUGCUUGUAUAGCAAUUGCAGCAGCAGCCAAUUGCGCCACUGUUACAGGAUUAUCAAGUGCAACUCAUUCAACCUGUUAAGCAUAUAACACUGCUUGCACUGUUAAUGUUGCUGGAAAUGCAUGUUAAGAAUAAAAAACAACUUGCGGUGGUUAUACAACUUCUCCUACUUGUUCUUCUACAACUGGUGGUACUAAAUGCUUUUGGGAUGCUACUGCUAAUAGUAAUGCUGGUGCUUGUAUAGCAAUUGCAGCAGCAGCCAAUUGCGCCACUGUUACAGGAUUAUCAAGUGCAACUCAUUCAACCUGUUAAGCAUAUAAUUCUGCUUGUUUUGCAAAUAUUAAUGGUAAUGCAUGCUUAGCAUUUAGUACAUGUGAAACAUUAACAGGCUCAAAUCUCACUUGGAGUAUUUGUUAAGGUUAUAGUGCUACUUGUAGUGUAAAGAGAGAUGGAACCGGUUGUAUAACAAUACAAUCAUAAUGUUCGGGAUAUACAUAAAUGGCAAAUUGCUAUAGAUCAACUGCUGGAUUUUGUACUGCUAAUAGCAACGAUUCUACUUGUCAAUCUAUAACAGCUACAACUACUUGUGAAGCAAUAAAAUUAGGAUCAUUUACUUUUAAUAGCAUAAUAUGCAAUGAAUUGAAAACAGGUUGUGUAGCACUACAAGACAAUUCAGGAUGUUAAACCAAGACAUGUGCUAAUAAAACUACACCAUUUAAUCAUUAAGCCUGUAAUACUUGGUUAAGUACUUGUACAGUUAAUUAAGCAGGAGAUGCAUGCGCAGUAAUGCCAGCAACAUGUGCUAGUUAGAGUCAAGCAUCAUGCAUUAGAGCAGUUGAAGGUGAAUGUGUUGUCUCAGGAACAUCUUGUGUUAGAAAAACAUGUGACACAGCUUCACCAGCUGCAAGCUUUACUACUAAUACUCUAUGUGAAACAUAUCUAUCUACAUGCACAGUUGCAAGAUUAGGAGGUUGUUAACCAAGAGCUGCUUGUUCCACAUAUAGAUCAAAUCAAUAAUGUAAAUUCAAUACAAGUGGAGGAAGAUGUUUCUGGAAUCCAACAAAUAUGAAUUGUGUUGAUUUCAGUUGUGGUAACAUUGAAUAGACAUCUUCAUAUGAUAAUCAUACUAAAUGCUAAACAGUUGAUUCAAAUUGUACAGUUAGAGCUACAAAUGGAGCUGCUGUCCCCGGUUGUAUGACUAGAGGAGCCUGCAGUUCUUAUCAAAUUGAGGAUUAAUGCAAAACUAAUGCAAGUGGAAGUUUAUGUGUUUGGAAUACAAACUUAUCCUAACCUGCAUGUUAAGAUAAAUCAUGCACAACUGCCCCAACAGCAACAGUAACACACUCUGAAUGUGAUUCCUAUUUUUCGACCAACACUAUUAGAUGCACAGUAGUUGCCACACCAGAUGCUAAUGGUGGUGCACCAGUUCUAGGAGGUUGUCAAUAAACAGCAGCCUGUGCUACUUAUAUACAUUCAGAAUAAUGCAGAUUCAAUGCUUCUGGAGAUCCUUGUGGAUGGAAUGGCACAUUAUGUGCAGAUAAGUCAUGUGCUACUGCACCUGCAACUGCUGAUUACGAUGAUAAUGAUAAAUGCAGAGCUUAUUUCAAUAAUAAAUGUACAGUUGCAGAUUCAGGAUAAGGAUGUGUAGAUAUACCAGAUACAUGUGAAACUAUGGUAGAAAAAUAAUGUGUUAGUGAUAAGUCUGGUAGAUUAUGUUAUUGGAAUGGUACUGGUUGUAUUACUAGAACUUGUGAAAAUGCUCCAGAUGCAACAGUUUCUGCUGAGGAAUGUAAUACUUAUUUAUCUGGAUGCACUUUAGAUGCAUUAGUAAAAUGUAAGACAAAAGUUUGUGAAGAUUUUGCUUUUGCCACUGAUGCUUUAUGUAGAUAAGCGUUAAGUACAUGUACAACUAAUGGAACAAAUUGUGUCACAAGAGGAACUUGCUUCUAAGCAAUGAGCUAAGCUGGUUGUGUUACUUCAGUAACAAAUCAAUAAUGUGAAUGGAUGCCAGCUGUUGGCAAUAAUUAAGCAUAUUGUACAAUAAAGACAUGUAAUACAGCUCCAAAUACUUUAACUUCAGAAGCAGCUUGUGCAGCCUAUUUCACUAAUUGCACAACAAAGAAUGGAGGUGGAUGUGUUGUUAAGUCUACUUGUGCAGCUGUUACCAUUGAUGCUGCUUGUACAACUGCUCUUAAUGGAACUAUUUGUGCUUGGGAUAGUGCAUAAAAUAGAUGCAGAGAUAAAGAUUGCUAAGAUUUCAGUGGAACUACUCAUGCUGCAUGCUAAGGAUAAAGAGCUGGAUGUACUGCUGGAGCUAAUGGAAAAUGUGCAAGAGUUUAAAAUUGCGAACAAACUACAUUAAGAAGUGCAUGUAUUGAAGGAACAAAUGGACCUUGUUUAUGGGUUAAUGAUUUUGUUAACUCUGAUGGAUCAACUGGAGCUUGCUUUAGAUAUACUUCAUGCAAGAGUUUGACUUGGAAUUCUGAUAGAUAAUGUAAAUGGCUAAGUAAAUAAUGUACAACUAAUGGAUCUAAUUGUAUUGGUAUUACAUUAUGUUCUGAAACUAAUACUGAUGGUGGAUGUGUUACAGGAUAUGAUGGAGCUUGUAUAUAAUCAGUACCGGCUUUGAAUUCUGCGGAUCCAAAGGUUUGUAAACCAUAUACAUCUUGUGGUGAUGCUUUUUAUACAACUCAUUCAGAUUGUUAAAUUGCUAGUAGUAAAUGUACUACAAAUGGAACUACUGGUUGUAUUGCAUUAGGUGCUUGCUCAUCUUAUACUUCAUUAGCAGGAUGCGUUUUCAAUGAUAAAGGUGUUAUUUAUACAUCUGGAGUCAUCACUUCAACUGGAAUUUGUACAUGGGAUGCAACAGCUAAUAGUUGCAGAGAUUAAUCAUGUGCUGAUUUGACUGGAACAAACCAUGCAGCAUGUUCUUCAUAAUUAUCAACAUGUACAUCUGAUGGAACAACUUGUUUACUCAGAGGAGCAUGUUCAUCAUAUGCAACUUAAACUGCCUGCACAACUGCUGUUGGAUCUGAUGGUGUAUGCUAUUGGGAACUUGGAUCCGCUACAAAUAAUAACACUGCUAAAUGUAGAUUAUUAGCUUGUGCUGAUAUUCAAAAUGGUACAGCAACAAAUGUUUGUUCAGUAGCCUUGUCAUCAUGUGUUUCUAAUGGAACUGCUUGUAUUCCAAAAGCUAAUUGCUCAACUUAUACAACUAGAACAGCUUGUAAUUCAGGUGGAUUAGAUGGUAUUUGUGUAUUUACUUAAUCAACUGCUACAGGAGCUGUUGCUGGUACUGGAACUUGUGCAUUAAUGACAGCAUGUACAACUGCUAAUAAUGAUUAAACAGCUUGUUAAUAAGCCAGAGAUAGAUGUUCAUGGACUGCAGCAUCAGGAACUGGUGCAACUGCUGUUGCUAGUAAAUGUGCAACUCAUACUUGUGCUACAAAUUAAGCAACAAAUGGAGCUUGUACAAGAUUCUUGAAUUGGGAUAGAAAGACUUAACAAGUUUGUACUCUUGUUAGUGGAACAUGCACAGCCACAGAUCCAUCAACUUUAUCAUCAAAUGAUUGUUUCUUGGUUUCUGGAUAUACAUAUACUUGGAAUGCAUCAACAAGCAAAUGUGGAGUUUGCACUGCACCUGUUGUUUAACCAAAUAAUACAGAUAAUAAUACAAACAAUACAAAUAAUUAAACAACAACCGAUUCAGGAUAUAUUCUUGGAUUAUCAACAAUCAUUUUAGGAUAUCUCAUGUUCUGAU